AUUCAUUGUUGACAGACGGGCCGAAGAACCAAGGGCGUAACUCGUUUAUGCACGUAUCCUAUCAUGCUCCAAUGGCGUUUAGAGAAGGGAGGGCUUUUCUCCCUGUACUCUGAUUAAAUCAGUCCUGUUUCAAUGGUUAAGAGAUACAAUACCGCACAUCAGGAAUAAUGGAAAUAUUUGAUUCUUUGGACGAAUAGACUCACCUCUGGAUAUACCUGCGACAUUUAGCGGCAUUAUUCAAGAAGACGCUGGAGCGCGUAAUUGCUAACGUAUUACUUGUGUGCUGUGGUACAAUGUUCAUAUAGGCUCCAUCUAUACCGGGGCGCAUCAGAUUUUAACUGCGCUGAGAUGCCUACACUGAAUAUUGUCAAGGAGGGCGUAAAUUGUUUGCAUGAACGGUUCUUCGUUUUGUUUUUGAUGGCAGGCCUAACGCAAUACGCUCUGUAAUACCCGUAAUGGAAACAUGUUCAUGUGAAGAGCCUUGCGCACUGCAGUAAAGGCAGAGCUGCGUUAUCGUAUUUUGGAUCGCGAUUCGGAUUGUGAUAUCGAAUCUGUUGGCUGGGGUAUUACCUAAUCAUUUAGCAUUGGAUUCGGUCGGUAUCAAUUCCCACCGGAGAUAUUCAAUACGGUGUACGGGUUCGCCUAUUGUAAAUGUAAGAAGCUUUCUCCCAGUGGUGAGAGCCACUCACUCCUAGGUUACAGAUGAGAGGGAAACAAUACCACCAACAACUGAAGUUGACAGCGCCUUGGGAGAAGGAUGCUGGCUACGGGAGAAAGCUCAAAACGUACAGGAACCAUACCAAGAUAAUAGCCCAGCCCGGCAUUGUGAUGAAGGUGUUACGCAGAAAGCGGAUUGUGUUGUUUAUAGCCUAUUUCUUGCUGCUGGUGCUGACCAUGCUGAACUUGGCCAACUAUAAAUGGACUAAAGAGCCCCAGCAGUGCAAUCACCAGAUGAGGAGCACUACCUAUCAUGGCAGAUCAGACAUCCGGUUCCUCUACAGACCCUCUCUGGCCAAGAAAAGACAGUUGGUCUAUGUUCUGACCACAUGGAGGUCUGGGUCCUCCUUUUUCGGGGAGCUGUUUAACCAAAAUCCUGAAGUGUUCUUCCUGUAUGAACCCAUGUGGCACAUCUGGCAGAAGCUGUACCCGGGAGACGCAGUGUCUUUGCAGGGGGCAGCCAGGGACAUGCUCAGCUCCUUAUACCGCUGUGAUCUCUCUGUGUUCCAGCUGUACAACAGCCCAGGGGGAAAGAACUUUACUUCCCUAGGACUCUUUGGGGCCACCCUGAAUAAGGUGGUGUGCUCCUACCCUCUGUGCUCCGCCUACAGGAAAGAGGUGGUGGGGAUGGUGGACGACAAGGUGUGUAAAAAGUGCCCACCUCAAAGCCUUAGACUACUGGAGGAGGAGUGCCUCAAGUACAGCACUAUCGUUAUUAAAGGGGUGCGUAUCCUGGACGUGAACGUUCUAGCCCCCCUCAUGGAGGACCCGUCGCUGGACGUGAAGGUAGUUCACCUGGUCAGGGACCCCCGGGCCGUGGCCAACUCCAGGAUCAAGUCCCGACACGGGCUGAUCCGGGAGAACCUGCAGGUGGUCCGGAGCAGGGACCCCAAGCUCCGCAGGAUCCCCUUUGUCGACCCCAACCACAAAGCCAACAAGAAGGACGGCUCGGACUACCACUCCAUCGGAGCCAUGGAGGUGAUCUGUGACCGCACCUCGCGGACCCUGAGGACGGCCUUAAACCCUCCCAGUUGGCUCAAAGGGAAGUACAUGGCCGUGCGCUAUGAGGACCUGGUGGAGAACCCUGUGAAGAUCCUGAGGAACAUCUACCGCUUCGCCAACCUCACCACCAACCACGACAUUGAGUCGUUUGCUCUGAACAUGACAGGUGGGUCUAGUUCGUCCUCCAAGCCGUUCAUAGUGUCCUCCAGGAACGCGACUCAGGCUGCCAGCGCAUGGAGAACAGUGCUCAGCAUCCAGCAGAUCAAACAGGUGGAGGACUACUGUCAUCACUCCAUGGCUGUCCUGGGCUACGAGAGAGUCAGGACGGCCGGGGAGGCCAAGGACCUCAGUAAGUCUUUACUGACGGUCUCCAAACUGUGACAGAAAAACAUUUAUUUUUCCUUUCCACCAAAGACAGUGAAUUCAAUGUAAUUUUGCAUCUAGUGCCAUUUCGUUAAUCGUGGAAUUAUAAAGCUUUACUUUGAAUCAGUGUUUUUGAGGAAUUCCACUUCUUGGCCACAUUGGAAUGUAUCUUAGUUUUAUUUUUCAGUUCAAUUACAGACAGUUGUAUUUGACAGGACCAUUACUUUGGUGUCUGGUAAACUGGAUGUUUCUGACAAAGCCUGAAGGCCUAUGAACAAUGACUUGAAUAUUGAACUGCAACUAUGGAAACAAACAGACACUGUAUGAUUCAUGUAUCUUGUUAUGAAAACACUUCAAAGUGGAUGUUUUGGGAGUUAUUUUGAAUGUUCAAAACCUGAGAAAAGAUUUGGUUUUCCACUAUCCAUAAUGUUUGUAAAAGUGAAAAACCAGUGAAUGAAAAAAAUCCUGCAUUAAUUCAUCAUAAAGCUAAUUGUUUGAGCAGGUUAUGUUACAUUGUGAGUCAUGGAUGGACUCAGAGACAAUCAUUAAACUGGUCUGUUAUAACUAUAA